CUCGUCGGUCUCCUAGCACUGAGGCCAGCUGCUCUAGUGUUCCGCGCCUUGCCGGAGUUGGGCGCUUCCGGCUGCAAGCCGAGGGGCUGCUCUCUUCUUACACCGCUAGCCUGGGUCCAGAGUCUCAGAUAUGGACCUGCUUCAGUCCUUGGCAGUCUUCUUUGUCCUGCUGUUGCCUGGCACAGAAGUCACAGGCACCCUGAAGAGCCCUCUGGACCCCAGCCUCAAAAUUUACAAGAAGAUGUUUGAGGUGAAGCGUCGAGAGCAGCUGUUGGCGCUGAAGAAUCUGGCACAGCUGAACGACAUUCACCAGCAGUACAAGAUCCUCGAUGUCAUGCUUAAGGGACUCUUUAAGGUGCUGGAGGACUCCCGGACAGUGCUCAUUGCUGCCGAUGUGCUUCCAGACGGGCCCCUCCCCCAGGACGAGAAGCUGAAGGAUGCUUUCUCCCACGUGGUGGAGAACACAGCCUUCUUUGGUGAUGUGGUGCUGCGCUUCCCGAAGAUUGUACACCACUACUUUGACCAUAAUUCCAACUGGAACCUGCUCAUUCGCUGGGGCAUCAGCUUCUGCAAUCAGACAGGUGUCUUUGACCAGGGGCCCCACUCACCCAUCCUCAACCUGAUGGCCCAGGAGCUGGGGAUCAGUGAGAAGGAUUCUGACUUCCAGAACCCAUUUACAAUAGACCGGACCGAGUUUAUUCCUAGCACUGACCCUUUCCAGAAGGCUUUGAGGGAAGAAGAAAAACGCCGGAAGAAGGAGGAGAAGCGGAAAGAGAUCCGGAAAGGCCCAAGAAUUUCAAGAUCCCAGUCUGAGUUGUAGCCCUGGACCAGCCUGGGGCCUGAGGGAUCAGCAAGUGGCCAGUGAGAAAAGGCUGCAAUGUGUCCGUGGUGUGGCACCAUCAGGCACCUCGAUGAGCACCAGCAACUUCCAGAUGGAGGGAGCCUACAUUUGCUGCAUCCUCAGAAGCCAGGUUUGAGCCCUGGCCAAAAAGACUGAGCUUCCAGGAUCUUACAGCACACUAAGGAUGCCUAGAGAGGACACUGUUCCACAGACAGGAUCAUGCAGGGAAGCUGCUGGAGGAGGCUGGCUGAAGAAACUCCUGGCUUGGAUCCCCUUGGUGAGGGCAGGCUGCAGGCCAGAUGCUGCUCUUCGUAAGGAAGCAGCAGAACCAGGCUCUGAGUUACAAGUGAAGGCGCUGUGCUUGCAGCCAACCUAUGUCACUGGGCUGCCUGCCUGUCAGGGGUCCAGCUCUUUGCAGAGCAAUACUAAAAGCUAGCAAAUCCACUGGCCUCCCCAAGGCUGGUGAGAGAACUAUUAGGGCAGCAGACACUUCUGGAGAUGUUGGGACCAGCAUGGAGUACAUUUCUACCUCAUCGAGAGGGGAAGU